AUGCCGCCUCGGCUAGACGCUAGAAACGUUGAGUCCGGUGAAAAUGCCAUUCCUGAUGGCGACAACUACUUGUUGAGCAUGUGUAUAAUCACCAAGCGUGAGUCGGGAGAAAAGUCGCCAUGGUGGGGGCUGUGGAUUCCGUGGAACGUUUGCACAAGCGCGCCGGUAUCAAGGCGCAUAACUUGGAGAGAUUCAGGUGAAUCUUUCGAAGGGCCUGCUAAGAUGAGCGACCAGUCCUUUGACACCGCUCUCAAGCGAGGUGUGAGAAUCUUUUUGCACUCGCCAGUCAUCGCAUCCCAGAUCCUCGAGCUUGAGAGGUCUGAGGUCGCAAUGAGAGCUACGUCAGGUGAAAAUCUCGCAAAUGUCACCGUAGAACGACUCUCAGUCUGGUUGGAAAUGCGAUGGCCAUGUGAGGUAUCAAUUCGCCAGAUUCGCACCGUACCAUCACGGGAUGACGAGGCCACCAGAGACGAGUCAUAG